AUUCGCCGCCCGCCCGGGAGCGGAGGAGUUUGCUCGUGGCCGACCUGCACCAAGGGAAGUCAGUCCUAUGUCCAGAGACCCCACCACCACCCCCUAAACCACUGUCCUCAUGCGUGGUGAACAUUUUCCUAAUCAAUAAGUCUUUGCAAGAAGAUCGUGUGGUGCUGAGGAUUGAACAGAAGACAACUGCAUGACAGGACAAUGCCGCCCAAGCGUAUAGCUAAGAAAAGGUCACCCCCAGAAGAUGCCCUCCCAAAGAGCAAGAAGGUGAAGGACCAUCGUAACCAGGCAGUGAGGGCUGUUGCCUCCCACCGAGUUCCGGGCGCCCGCUCCUGCCAAGUCUCACAUAGAUCCCACAGAACAGAACCAGGCAUGGUGCUAACUCUGGGCCAGGGCGACGUGGGCCAGUUGGGACUCGGUGAGAGUGUGAUGGAGAGGAAGAAGCCAGCUCUGGUGCCCAUUCCAGAGGAUGUUGUACAGGCAGAGGCCGGGGGCAUGCACACUGUGUGUCUGAGCAAAAGUGGCCAGGUCUACUCGUUCGGCUGCAAUGACGAGGGUGCCCUGGGAAGGGACACAUCUGUGGAAGGCUCAGAGUCGGUGCCUGGGAAAGUGGAGCUGCAAGAGAAGGUGAUACAAGUGUCAGCCGGAGACAGUCACACAGCGGCGCUCACGGAGGAUGGCCGAGUCUUCCUUUGGGGCUCCUUCCGGGACAACAACGGUGUGAUCGGACUCCUGGAACCCAUGAAGAAGAGCCCGGUGCCCGUGCAGGUGCAGCUGAGCACGCCCGUGGUGAAGGUGGCCUCAGGAAAUGACCACUUGGUGAUGCUGACAGCUGAUGGCGAGCUCUACACGUUGGGCUGUGGAGAGCAGGGCCAGCUCGGUCGUGUGCCUGAGUUGUUUGCCAAUCGUGGUGGCCGCCAGGGCCUCGAACGACUUCUGGUCCCCAAGUGUGUGAUGCUGAAGUCCAAGGGGAGCCGGGCUCACGUGAAGUUCCAGGAUGCCUUCUGUGGUGCUUACUUCACCUUCGCCAUCUCCCGCGAGGGCCACGUCUAUGGCUUCGGCCUCUCCAACUACCAUCAGCUUGGAACCUCAGGCACAGAAUCUUGCUUUAUACCCCAGAACCUGACGUCCUUCAAGAACUCCACCAAGUCCUGGGUGGGCUUCUCUGGUGGCCAACACCACACUGUCUGCAUGGAUUCGGAAGGGAAGGCGUACAGCCUGGGCCGGGCCGAGUACGGGCGGCUGGGCCUCGGGGAGGGUGCGGAGGAGAAGAGCGUGCCCACCCUCAUCUCCAGGCUGCCUGCUGUCACCUCAGUGGCCUGUGGGGCCUCUGUGGGCUAUGCCGUGACCCAGGAUGGUCGUGUUUUUGCUUGGGGGAUGGGCACCAACUACCAGCUGGGCACGGGCCUGGAAGAGGACGCCUGGAGCCCCGUGGAGAUGACAGGCAAACAGCUAGAGAACCGCACAGUCCUGUCCGUGUCCAGCGGAGGCCAGCACACAGUCCUCCUGGUCAAGGACAAGGGACAAAGUUGAUGAAGCCUCCGAGGGCCUGGCUGCUGGGCCCACCAUGCCCCUCCCCCCUGGAACAGGGAAGCCAUGAGGACUGCAGGGUGCGACAGACCUCCCCCCCGACCCUAAGCGUUCUGUCACCUCCUGUCUUUUCCCCGUGAACAGAAUCCGUUUCCUCUUUCUCCUUCUCCUUUCCAGAGUCAUCCUGGGACCUGCAGGAUGAAGGCCGUGUGGGGCUGAGGGGGGCAGGGGGUUGUCUGAAGGAACAUGACUCGCCCCAGAGUGAUGUGGUCAGCCCGCCUUCCCCUAUUCCUACCUUCUCCGGCCCUGGCUGAACUUGGUUUUGCCUACCAAAAUGAGAAACUUCUACCUGGGGGUUAAAUGCCCAUACGCUGAGGAGUCGGGGCUCCCCUCAAGCUCUACUCAUGUGCCACACUUGCUGUCCUUUGUAGCCAUACAGAAACAAUACCGUCCUCAGAUCUGGCUUUUGUGAACCCAGACUGGGGAUGAACUAGAGAAUGGGUAGAGGCAACCUCCAGCCAAAGGGUCUUACACGCGUGUCUGGGAGAAAGGGGCUUGGGAAGGCCAAGUGACAGAAAAAAGCCCGUCAGCCUCUCAGAAGCACAAAGUACUCUGCCUUCAGGCAUUGCCAGUUGUACCCCACUUGUUUCACCAACACGGGCCCCAAAUCUGAAAGGAAACUGCCUGCAGGCCAGGACACUCAGGGAGAGGAGGAGGACAGAGAGCUCUAGACAAAUUUAUAGCAAUAUUGAGAGUGAAGGGACAAAAAAAAAAAUCAGGGAGAGGAGGCUGGACCCCAGAAAGGGAAGUGGGAUCUAGUACAGUAGCUGAGGAAAAGUCGUGGGUUGUUGUGUUUUGUUUUUUUUUUUUAACUGUAAAAUAUUUUGGAGGGAAGCGUGAAACCUUUUAACGUUUUUAAUAAAUGUAGAGUUUUAUAAAGCGCAA